GGGGCGCUGGCUGAGAGUUAAAGCGGAGUCCAUAACAGCGACAGCGCGCUUAGUGCGAACAUGGCAGGAGACAGUGACACGCGGGUGGAAAAUCACGCCGAGAAUGAGUGUGUGAACCGGCAGCCUUUCCUCAUCGGGGUGUCCGGAGGUACUGCCAGUGGCAAGUCGUCUGUCUGUGAGAAGAUAAUGGAGUUGCUCGGCCAGAACAAGAUUGAUCAUCACCAGCGGCAGGUGGCCAUCCUCAGCCAGGACAGCUUCUACCGAGUGCUCACCCCAGAACAGAAGGCCAAGGCACAGAAGGGCCAGUUCAAUUUUGACCACCCAGAUGCCUUUGACAAUGAACUUAUUGUGAAGACUCUGUUGGAGAUUCUUGAAGGCAAGACCGUAGAGAUUCCAGUAUAUGACUUCAUCACCCAUUCCAGGAAGGAGGAAAGUGUGACUGUGUACCCGGCUGAUGUGGUGCUGUUCGAGGGCAUCCUGACGUUCUACUACCAGGAGAUCAGGGAUCUGUUUCAGAUGAAGCUGUUUGUGGACACGGAUCCUGACACUCGGCUCUCGCGUAGAGUGCUGCGGGACAUCAAUGAGCGGGGCCGGGACUUGGAGCAGGUGUUGACGCAAUACAUCACUUUUGUGAAGCCUGCCUUUGAGGAGUUCUGUUUGCCAACAAAAAAGUAUGCUGAUGUUAUUAUCCCACGCGGAGCAGAUAACCUAGUUGCCAUAAACUUAAUUGUGCAACACAUUCAGGACAUUCUGAAUGGAGGCCUGAAUAAGCGGCAGAAUGGAUAUUUGAACGGGUGUGACACUCCCAGGCAGCACAAGGCCUCUGAGUCCAGCAGUCGGCCACACUAGUCCACAUCCCCUUGAAUGCUGUCAACACAGAAAUACCACAUAGAACCUGUCAGCUUUGUUGCAUUUAUUGGAAGAAAUGCAUUAGAAUUUCAAGGCCUUCUUGCUAUGACUGGCUUAAAUAUUGUGCGAGUAUUGCAAGGAUAGUAUAGUUCUAUCACUGGAGAAAGCUUGAGCUCAGAAGCACAGAUUUUGAAAUUUUUUUCUCACUUUUUUUGCUUUCUUUUUGCGGGUUUGGAAAGGGGAGGAAGAUUAAAGGAUCGUGUUGGGUUGAUCUUGCCUGCACCCCGCUGCUUGUCCUCAGUGACCAAGACUUUGACUGGGGAUGAAGCUGAGGGGCUUAAAGUAAAAACCAUACCUCCAGAAUUGGACAGGCAAAUGACAGAGGGGUUGGGGGGGGGGGUCUUGGAUAGUUUUUGUGGUAUUACAGGUUUUUU